CCUCACAUGCUAGUGGUGUGUUUGUACAGUUUCCAGAGUAAAUAAUGGGGAAAGAUGGCUUUAGAUGUGUUGAAUGUAACGAAAAAGCAACGGAGUUACACCGGGAUUACAGUAACGGGAUCCUGACGAUAACCAUAUGUGAGUCCUGCCACAAACCAGUGGACAAGUACAUUGAAUAUGACCCAGUUAUCAUCCUGAUUGAUGCCAUUCUGUGCAAGACGCAGGCCUUCAGACACAUUUUGUUCAACACAAGCUUGAAUAUCCACUGGAAGCUGUGUGUGUUCUGCCUGCUGUGUGAGGCGUACCUCAGGUGGUCUCUGCUCCACGGCUCCGAGCCGAGCAGCGACCCUGCUGACAUCAUCAGGUACACCAAGGAGUGGGAGUUCUACGGCAUGUUUGGAUUGGCCGCCCUCGAGCUGAUGGCGUUCUGCGGUGGCGUGCUGUGGUUCCUUUGGGUGGUGGUUGGCGGUCUGCAGGGCGGGACCCUGGAGCUCCGCCUGCUGCUCAGAGCGCUGCUGCUGUCCUGCUACGGGAAGGUGCUCCUCAUCCCCGCCGUCAUCUGGGAGCACGACUACUCGCCGCUCUGUCUGGGCCUCAUCAAACUGUUUGUGCUCACCUCAAACUCCCAGGCCGUCAGAGUGAUCCUGAACAGCAGCAGACGUUUAUCUCUGCUGGCUGUGUGUGUGGGACUCCUGUCAGAGACCUGCGUGGCUCAGGCCUGCAAGAAACUUUCAUGGAGCAUCCAGGACAUGUUGAUCUGAGUGAAGGACACAAAUGUCAGCUAUCUCUGGGAGGAAUAUAUAUAUAUAUACGUCUGUGGACACCAACCUGUGCCAGAGAGAGACGGUUUAAUGAAGCCAGCUCUGAAACAGAGACAGAAAGCUGCAGAAGAGACGUUAUUCCUGUUAUUAUCGUCACCCUGUUAAAAUAAAAGCCUAACUCAUUUUUUCAAGUUUUGCAGGAAACACAAAAAACUUCACCAAAAGUGUAACAUAUGACAUUUAC